AACCUUCUUCAGCUCCGCCAUAAUUUCCCUCGGAUUUCACAUUUUGGCGGGAAACGUUCAUCUCUCAUAAUUUACAAGCUUCUCAUUUAUGCACCUGCUGUGUGGUUAGAGAGAGGAGAGAGAGAGUGAGGAGAGAGAGAGAGAGUGAGUGAGAGAGAAAGCAAUGGAAGAGGUAGUGGAGGAGGAAUUUUCAGUGUGGAAGAAAAAUACGCCGUUGCUGUACGACCUCGUCGUCUGCCACUCCCUCGAGUGGCCGUCCCUCACCGUCCAGUGGCUGCCGUCCCCUCCGUCUUCCGACGGCGGCGAUCUAUCUGUCCACAAAUUGAUCCUUGGGACACACACGUCCGAUGAUUUCCCCAACUUUCUCAUGCUUGCGGACGCGUAUCUCCCGCGAGAUCCUUCCUCCGCCAUUGCAGUCGACCUCGAAAACUCCAUCGUACCCAAGGUAGAGAUAGUACAAAAAAUGCAAGUCGAUGGGGAAGUGAACAGAGCUCGUUGUAUUCCCCAAAACCAAGCUAUAAUUGCUGCCAAGACCAAUGGCGCUGAAGUAUACAUAUUUGACUCGACCAAGCAGCUGGUGGAUUCCGAACAUGGUUCUAAUGACCCUGACUUGAGAUUAAGAGGCCAUGAUAAAGAAGGGUAUGGCUUGUCCUGGAGCACAUUCAAGGAAGGAUAUCUUUUGAGUGGUUCAAAUGAUUGCAAAAUUUGUUUGUGGGAUGUCUCUGCAAUGCCUCAACAGAAAGUGCUUGACGCAAAAUACACUUUUGAGGGACAUGAAAACGUAGUUGAGGAUGUGGCAUGGCAUUUGAAGAAUGAAAACUUGUUUGGCUCUGUUGGAGAUGAUUGUAAGCUAAUGAUUUGGGACUUGCGCACGAACAAGUUCCAACAGUCUGUUGUUGUACAUGAGAAAGAGGUGAACUAUUUAUCUUUCAAUCCAUUUUACGAGAAUGUUUUGGCUACGGCAUCAUCUGAUUCUACAGUUGGUCUGUUUGAUAUGAGGAACUUGAGUUCUCCACUGCAUGCCCUUAGCAGUCAUAUGGAAGAGGUAUUCCAGGUGGAAUGGGAUCCAAACCACGAAACUGUUUUGGCAUCUUCUGCUGAUGACAGAAGGUUGAUGGUUUGGGACCUUAACAGGGUUGGAGACGAGCAGUUAGAAGGUGAAGCAGAAGAUGGUCCACCCGAGCUGCUAUUUUCUCAUGGGGGCCACAAAGCCAAAAUUUCCGACUUCUCGUGGAACAAAAACGAGCCAUGGGUUAUCUCGAGUGUGGCGGAGGACAACUCGUUGCAGGUUUGGCAAAUGGCUGAGAGCAUCUACAGAGAUGAGGACGAAUAGUUUCUUGCUUGAGAUGAAAAAAAAAAUGUAGGAUUUGAACUUUAUUUUCUCAGCGCGUGUUUUUGAGUGUUUGAAUUGUUUGGUGACCUGAAGUUAUGCAAAAUUUGUUUGCAAGUAUUCAUCACUGUGACUAAAAUGUUCAAGGAUGAUGCCCAGUUCACUUUAUUGUUCACUUAAUGCAGGAAAGUUGCAUGAUGAUGUUAUAUACUUAUGAAUGGACAGUGGUGAAGAGGUCAUUUUAGGAGAAUAU